UAUGAACAUCCUCCAGGACUUGGAAUGACCUGCAGGUCUCCAAUAAAUUAAGAGAUCAAAGCAACCACAACCAUCUCUGUGUGAAAAUCGUCUUCUAACUUUGCUCUAAUAAUCAAACUUGCUGAACAAAACUGUAGGCUUUGCCCCAGAUAAUGUGUAUGUAACUAGACAAUCUUUGCUGAUACACUGUAACAGCUGACAGCGGAAAUGAGGCAAGUGGAUGAGAUUACCCAGUGACUGCCUGCCGCUAGUUUCUAUUGGCAACUUAACGUCGCCAUCCACACAUCGAACAUGGCGGACGGGGAUUCCUGGGAUGCUGAGAGCUUUGAGCCAGAUAAGCCGCUGAAAAAUGCGGCAGCGAAUGAUAAAUGGGAAGGCGAGGAUGAGGAGGACGACAUUAAGGAUAAUUGGGAUGAAGAAGAAGAGGAGGAAGAAAAGUCUGCUGAGAAACCAACAGAGCUCAAGGCUUCUGACAAGAAGAAACUAAAUGAGAAAAUUAAAGAGAAGGAAAAUUUGCAAAGACAAAAGCAGGAGGAGCUUCGGAAGAGGAUAGAGGAGCCGCAGGAGGCGGAGGAGCCGGAGGAGCCGGAGGAGGCGCAGCUCACGCCAGAGGAGGCGCAGCUCACGCCAGAGGAGGAGCGCGCAGAGACGCACCUCGUGGAGUCGCUUCAGGAGGACGCUGAUCUGGAGCUGGCCAGCGAGACGUUGGGUGGCGUUAGUAACCAUGUGACCGGCAUCGAUGCUAUCAGCCCCGCCUCCAGAGAAGACUUCACAGAGUUUGAGAAGCUGCUGAAAGACAAGAUCUCGCCCUACGAGAAGUCCAUACAUUACAGCAACUUCUUAGAGUCCCUGUUCAAGAAUCUGUGCAUCUCAGUGGAGGUGGAGGACCUGAAGAAGAUCAACACCUCUAUGACUGCGCUACUGAGUGAGAAGCAGAGGCAAGAGAAGCAGAGUAAAGGCAAAAAGAAGAAGAAGGGCGUUGUGCCGGGGGGAGGCCUGAAGGCCGUCAUGAAGGACGAUCUGGGCGACUACGGAGGGUUUGACGGCGGCUACGCACAAGACUACGAGGAUUUCAUGUGACGCCGGCUCCAUGAACCCUUCGCCCUCCACUCCCCUCUGACCCUGUGACCUCUACGUGACCUGCGCCCCAGCCCACCUAUCUCAGCCUGCGCAAGCAAGCAUCUCUCCAACCAUGGGGCGCUGGAAAAUAUCUCCAGCCGUGCGGAGCUGGCUUGGUGUGCCCCACAGGCCUUGUGGUGAGAGUCUAUGUUCUCAAAAUGGCCUGGAAGUUACCCAGGUGGCUGCUUCCACCUCGAUGAGACAUGAUCCACCUCACCUGGGGAACUCAUGAGACGGGAGUAAGCGGAGGGAGGCUUUAGACGCUGACGAGUAUCAAAACAGGCCACCACAUUACGACACCAACCUCAGCCACCACCACCUUCAGCGAUGACAUCCUGUUCAUCUGCAUUACUGACGGCCCUGACGUCCUGUUCAUCUGCAUUACUGACGGCCCUGACGUCCUGUUCAUCUGCAUUACUGACGGCCCUGACAUCCUGUUCAUCUGUAUUACUGACAUCCUGUUUAUCUGCAUAACUGACGGCCCUGACGUCCUGUUCAUCUGCAUUACUGACGGCCCUGACGUCCUGUUCAUCUGCAUAACUGACGGCCCUGACGUCCUGUUCAUCUGCAUUACUGACGGCCCUGACAUCCUGACAUCCUGUUUAUCUGCAUAACUGACGGCCCUGACGUCCUGUUCAUCUGCAUUACUGACGGCCCUGACGUCCUGUUCAUCUGCAUAACUGACGGCCCUGACGUCCUGUUCAUCUGUAUUACUGACGGCCCUGACGUCCUGUUGUAUUACUGACGGCCCUGACGUCCUGUUUAUCUGUAUUACUGACGGCCCUGACGUCCUGUUCAUCUGUAUUACUGACGGCCCUGACGUCCUGUUCAUCUGUAUAACUGACGGCUGUUUAUCACUGACAGGCAUCUGCCACUAUCUGGAGCUCAAAUUGACAGACUAUGCAAAUUGAUUCUGAAUAAACCUACACUUUUGUUGCAUUGUA